AUGGCCCCCAAAUGGUACUGCCGGCCUGCGUGGCUGAAGGAUGGGUUCGAGCGGCAGGCGGAGUCACUGGACAUCUCGACGCCGCUUGGCGCGUGGCACUACGCGACAGUACCCUGUCGGAUUGCGUUGAUGCAGUCGGAGCGGCUCCUGGCGCGCUAUCGCGAUGUGCACGAGGAGCUCAUCGCAUCUCAGAAGAAGACGGAUGGAGGAUCUACGAAGAAACGGAGGAUAACGCAGCAACGUGAUGAACUUGUUGCUGCCAAAGAGGCAGUGCGGCCGCCAUCAUCCAAGGACUUGAAAAGCAAAAACUAUGUGAAUCCAGAGCUUUACCGCAACAACAACGCGAACAUGACGACGGCCAUUAAGAAGCAGACUAGAACUAUCAACGAGGAUCGACAGGUGCGGGUUUCUCAUGCCGCACGAGGAACGCACGGCGGAACGGGUUCUUCCCGGAAUCGCCCUCCUCUAGCGUCACUGAUUCAGAUAACGGCCUUUAUACCCUUUCUAGCGGACAAGGGAAAUUAG